AGCCAGAGUUGAGCGUGACGAGGCUCCCCAAGCACAGUGCCUGGUGUCACACUUGCAACACACACACACUGCCGAGCUCUGGUAUUGUGUUGCACGACCAGCGUUGUGUUGCAAGCGCGGGUGUGGGCCGGGAUCCCCCUGAGGGAGGCUCAGCGACCCCGCCAGGAGGCUCCCGGCCGUGAUCCUCUCUUGUCUGCGGGCGCGGGUGCUGGCGUCUAUAGUGAGUAUGGCGAGAUAGUAGUGCCGUGGCGCUGCCAGAGAUGAGGCCAACACUCCACUGACUACAAACACCCGCAAGAUGACUUCUAUGAAGAAGAUUCCUAACGUGCUGGGCACGAGGAGGAGCAACACCCUGGACCAAGAACGGGACCAAUUUGAGAGAUCACAGGAGAUAAGUUAUCGUAAAGCUGUUAAUGAUGAAGAAGUUCCUGUUAAAAUGAAGCAUGUAAGAAAUCUCAUCAUUGGCACAUUCACUGACAAGAAUACAGACCUCUUUUGGAGGAAUGUUGCAACAUGUCCUCCAAUCAGUACAGAUGUUACUGGCUGGAAAUUUUGUCAUUGCCUUCAUGUUGUCUUCCGUGAUGGACACCCAAAUGUGCUUCGUGAUUCUCAGCGUCAUAUUAGCCGUAUCAAAGACACUGGACAGCACUUUAGACACCUCGCACAUGGCUACGGACGACUUAUCAGUCAUUACUGUGAAUUACUGAUUGCCAAGUUGAAGUUCCAUCAACAUUAUCCUCAAUUUCCGGGUUCAUUGUUUGUGACACCAGAAGAAUUAGAAGCCCUUGCAGAAAAUGAUGCUAAUAAUUAUUUUGAGUUGGCAGUUGAAAUGUUGGAGUACAUGGAAUGCAUCUUGAAUCUGUAUGAAGCAGUGUUUUCCUCACUGGAUCCAUCAAGAGCCAAUUCCAUGACACGUUCUGGUCAGUGCCGCCUGGCUCCAUUAAUCCCAUGUAUUCAAGAUUCUUCAUGCCUUUAUGACUGUACUGUCAGGAUCUUAUUUCAGCUUCACAAAGUUCCCAGCAAAUAUAAGCCCACAUUUAAAUCUCUUCCUACGGACAUGCUCAGUGGCCAUCGUACAAGGUUCUACAAACAAUUCCAGCAGCUCCAACAGUUCUACAACAACACUCGAAACCUUCAAUACUUCAAGGGGCUCAUUCAGGUGCCUGCAUUGCCUCAGGAUGCUCCAAACUUCUUGAUUGAAGCCGAAUUGCGGUGUCACGAAACUCCAGUGGUGGUGGUAGAGGAACAACCUGAUGUUUCUGAUAUAUCGGACUCUAUUCUUAUUGAUACUUCAGAGCCUGAACCUCCACCUAUACCACCACAUCCUGAUGUUGAUUCUCACAAUGGGUCUCUUGCUGAGGUCGUCGCAGAGCGGGAGUCAAUCAUUGAUGCUCUUCAUGGGGAAUUGGAAGCCAUGCGCAUUGAGGUGCAGCAGUCACGGUCUCAUGCUACACACAAUGAAGAACAGCUUAGACUUCGUAUUAAUGACCUUGAAUCUACAAUAGCUGAACUGGAUAGUGAACUUUUGGCUGAAAGACAGAGCAAGGAAUCAAUCAUGGCACAAGUGGAGGCAGCAGCAGCAAGUGCAGAAGCUGUAACUAGAUUAGCUGAUGAAGAAACGCGACGACGUUCAGCAGAAGAAAAGUUUGUCAAAAUGAAAGAUGUGUAUCAGAAGCUGCGUGAUGAACAUAUAAAUCUCAUCAGAGGGAAAGCUGAGCUUGAUAAACAAUUAUCCGUGGAGCAGGAAGCACAUUCCUCCACCCAGCGGUCAAAAGAUGAACUUGCUGCUGCCUUACACAAAUUACAAUCUCAGAUGACACAAAAUGAGCAGGUUCAUCGUAAUGUAACCCAUAUGGCUGAACAGGAGGCAGAAACAUUAAAUAAAAAACUAUUAGCAGUGAUAGCGGAAAGGGAUCAGUUGACGGGUCAGGUGAGAGACCUUGAGGAUGCUAUAUCAAAGCUUAACACACAAAUGGACACUCAAUCUCAACAGGCUACUUACCAGCUGACAGUUGUUCGGAGUGACUGGGAGACUGGUGUUCACAAGUGUGUUGAAGGAGCUGUAGACGGAGCACUGAUUGUGGUGACACACACUCUUUCUCACUUUGAUCUCGAGGCUCAUGCAAAUGUGAAAUGUACUUCAGAAUACACUUUGGCUUACCAAGCACUGGUGGAGGAUGCUCUGGAAAAGCUUUGGAGUUCAUAUGAUUCAUACAUCAACAGCUUCUACUCUGCCCCAUACCUCAUCACCACUAUUACGUCUGCUGCUCAUUACAUUGCUGCUUUUCUUCUAUAUGCCAAAGCAACUUCACAUGCCAGCCCUAAUAUUGAACAUGCAGAAAAUCUUGUUGCUGUUCUGGAAGAGUUUGCCAAGGCUUGUAUUGACAGUUUUGGACGGAUUCAUGCUAAACAAGAACUGACUGAUAUUCAGGCAUCCAAGGAAACAUUUGAGAGGUGCUGCUCACUGGUUUCUUUGUGUGAAGAUCAGAGCCCUAGAAUAGAAGAUGUAGCUUCUCUGGUGCAGCGGGAGAUGGAGAAUAUGGAUUCUGCCAUCAGAGAUGCUGUUGAAAAAUUCACUGCAAUGUUAGAAAAUUCUCGGGCUACAGACACUGGCACACAGUUAGAGGUAAAUGAAAGUAUCCUUGGAAGCUGCAGUGACUUAAUGGCAGCAGUUAGAUUACUAGUUCAGAGAGCUGCCGAGCUCCAAAAGGAAAUAGUGGAUUCAGGGAAAGGAGGAGCGUCCCCACGAGAGUUUUACAAGCGCAAUCACCGCUGGACAGAGGGUCUCCUCUCGGGUGCCAAAACUGUUGCAAUUGCAUGUCAAGCUCUCAUGGCAGCAGCUGAUCAAGUCGUUAGUGGUAAAGGCAAGUUUGAAGAAGUAAUAGUAGCUUCUCGAGAAAUUGCUGCCUCCUCCAUGCAGUUGGUAAUGGCUUCAAGAGUCAAAGCUGAUAAAUCAAGUGUGAAGUUGAGUAAUCUUAAUACAACAGCGAAGACAAUAUCAAGACUAACGGGUACAGUUGUUGCAACUGCUGAGAAUUGUCGUGAUAAAGUAAUAAUGGCGGAUACAUUAGACUUUUCAAGGCUGAGUUUACACCAUACUAAGAGGAUGGAGAUGGACACUCUUGUAAAAGUCUUGGAGAUAGAAAAGCAGCUUGAUACAGAGCGGUCGAAACUUUCAGAACUCCGUAAGCAUCACUAUCGGCUCGCAGGAGAAGUAGAAGGCUGGGAAGAAGCGGAAAUGAGCUGAUUACAUCUCUAGUACUGUACCUUUCCCAGCCUGCAUUGGAUAGCCCACAAAAAUCCUUGAGCUUGAUUAAUGUAUUUAAGAUAAUUUCCUGUAAACCCUUCUUGCCACAUGCUACAUAACAAAAUGCCCCAUAAUUCCUUAAUGCUCUUAAGUUUUCACUUGUUGCUUGGCCCAUAAUAUUUUCUCUAGGUCUGUUCUCUGCUAAGCAGUCUCCGAAUGUUUAAACUCGUCAGAUAAUGUUAUUACAUUAGGUAUGUCGUACCUAAUAGCCAGAACCACACUACUUCGUCUAAUUUGCAAGGCCUGAUUUGCCUAACAAGCAGAGUGAUUUUUAUGUUUUAAAAUAGUUCUUUCCAAAUUGGUUGAUUGUACUGUAUUCCAAUUACUAUUAUUAUUUUAUAUUAAGAACAUGAAUUACCAACUUAGGUUAGCUUAAGUUUGAUCAAAUUUUUUUGUUUAACUAGAAAAAAUUAAAAUCAUAUAUAAUAUAAUGGAAAGCUUUAUCAUUCCAGUAGGAAAAAUAGCAAAAAAUAUGGUAUAUCAGGAAAAUUCAGCUUGUUAGGCAACUUGGCCUGUUAGGUAUAACAUAUGUAUAUGUAUGUAUACAUACACUCAAGUACAGUAUUUUACAAUUGUUUCUUAUAAUUUUUUAUAUUCUGGAAAAUCCUUUUCCAUGAGAGAGUUUUAUUGGGCUUUAUCCAUUGUAUUUUUGCCACAUGUGCUCACUUUCCUUCAAUAUGGUACAUGGCUAAGUGUAUCAGUGUGUGCAUGCUUGAGUGCACUCACUCACUCCUUGCUCACCGCUUAAUUUUUUUAUAUAUAAAUUGCAAUAUUUCUCUUUGUUUACAGUUUUUCAUAGUCAUGAGUGCAAGCACACAUUUUGUGUGUAUGUAUAUCCACACACACACACACACACACACACACACACACACACACAUA